UCUCGCCGACCGCGGGGAGCGCGAGCGCGCCGGCCAACCCCCACGUCGAGCGCCCGGGCCGGCCGCCUCCAGGCAUGUGAGCCGCGCGGCCGGCACGCUGCUCUGGCCAUGGAUGCAUCAUACGAUGGUACUGAGGUAACUGUCGUGAUGGAGGAAAUUGAGGAUGCGUACUGUUACACCUCCCCUGGGCCACCCAAGAAGAAGAAAAAGUAUAAAAUACACGGAGAAAAGGCCAAGAAACCCAGGUCUGCUUACCUUCUGUACUAUUACGACAUCUACCUGAAAGUACAGCAAGAGCUCCCCCACCUCCCUCAGUCCGAGAUCAAUAAGAAGAUUAGUGAGAGCUGGAGGCUUCUCAGCGUGGCCGAGAGGAGUUACUACUUGGAGAAAGCCAAACUAGAGAAAGAAGGUUUGGAUCCUAACGCUAAGCUCUCUGCACUGACUGCCGUGGUUCCAGACAUCCCAGGUUUCCGCAAGAUCCUGCCUCGCUCAGAUUACAUCAUCAUCCCCAAGAGCAGCCUGCAGGAGGACCGGAGCUGCCCUCAGCUGGAACUGUGCGUGGCUCAGAACCAGGUGUCCCCCAAGGGACCUCCUCUUGGAUCCAGCACUGCCCCAGAGACAGUGCCCAGCCAUGCAGGCGUGGCAGAGCAGUGCCUGGCUGUGGAGGCUCUGGCUGAGGAGGUGGGAGCCCUCGCCCAGCCAGGCGCCGCCAUGCAGGAGAUGCCCACCUCAGACAUCCUCAGCCAGGACGUGCUCCUAGAGGAGGCUUCCCUGGAGGUCGGAGAGAGCCACCAACCUUACCAGACAAGCCUGGUAAUCGAAGAGACCUUAGUGAACGGCUCAGCAGACCUCCCUGCCGGAAGCCUGGCCGUGCCCCACUCCCAGGUUGGGGAGAGUGUUUCAGUGGUAACAGUCAUGCGGGAUUCCAGUGACAAUAACUCCUCUGCACCAGCCACACAGUUCAUCAUGUUGCCUCUUCCUGCCUACUCAGUUGUGGAGAACCCCACCUCCAUCAAACUGACCACUACGUACACCCGCCGGGGCCAUGGCACAUGCACCAGCCCAGGCUGUUCCUUUACAUAUGUCACCAGGCACAAACCACCUAAGUGCCCUGCCUGUGGUAACUUCCUGGGAGGGAAGUGGAUCCCAAAGGAAAAGCCAGCCAAAGUCAAAGUGGAAUUGACUUCUGGUGUCUCCUCCAAAGGCUCUGUGGUUAAAAGGAAUCAGCAGCCUGUCAACACUGAGCAAAAUUCCUCUAAGGAAAACGCCUCCAAACUGACACUGGAGAACUCGGAAGCUGUAAGCCAGCUCCUCAAUGUAGCUCCUCCAAAAGUGAGUGAGGAGAAUGAGUGGGAGGAGGUGAUCAUCUCUGAUGCCCACGUCUUGGUCAAGGAAGCACCUGGAAAUCAUGGCGCAGUAGUCAGUAAGACUCCAAUCGUCAAGAGUGGUGUGCAGCCUGAGGUCUCUCUUGGUACAUCUGAGAGCGACAGUCCUGGACCAGACAUACCGCUGCUGGCAGAGGGCACCGGCACCUCCAGUCCAUUCCCUGUUCCUAAAAAACCUCCUGGGGUUGACCUGCCCAAAGCCCCAGAGCUCAAAGGCAGAGCACGGGGCAAGCCCUCACUGCUGGCUGCAGCAAGACCCAUGAGAGCGAUUCUACCAGCCCCAGCUAAUGUGGGACGAGGCAGCAGCGUGGGACUGCCCAGGACCAGGCAGGCCUUUCCCCUGAGUGAUAAGACCCCCUCUGUGAGGACUUGUGGCCUGAAGCCAAGCACUCUGAAGCAGCUGGGCCAGCCCAUCCAGCAGCCCCCUGGCACCAGUGAGGUGAAGCUACCAAGUGGUCCAUGUAACAGGACGUCUGGGGUGAAAGUUGUGGAAGUCAAGCCUGACAUGUUUCCUCCGUAUAAGUACAGCUGCACUGUUACUCUGGAUUUGGGCCUGGCUACUUCAAGAGGCCGGGGAAAGUGCAAGAAUCCCUCUUGUAGCUAUGUCUACACCAACCGGCACAAACCUCGGAUCUGUCCCAGCUGUGGUUUUAACCUUGCCAAAGACCGGACUGAGAAAACCACCAAGGCUAUCGAGGCAAGCUCACCACUCCCAGAUGUGCUGAGUGCCACGGAGCCCCUGAGUACAGCCCAGAGGGAGAUCCAGCGCCAGUCCACGCUGCAGCUGCUGCGCAAAGUGCUGCAGAUCCCUGAGAAUGAGUCAGAGCUGGCCGAGGUCUUUGCCUUGAUCCAUGAACUCAAUAGCUCUCGACUUAUCCUGUCCAACGUGAGUGAGGAGACAGUCACCAUCGAGCAGACCUCCUGGUCGAAUUAUUACGAGUCUCCAUCCACGCAGUGCCUUCUCUGUAGCAGCCCGUUAUUCAAAGGGGGAAAAAACUCCCUGGCUGGGCCCCAGGAGUGCUGGCUGCUGACAGCCAGCCGGCUGCAGGUGGUGACCGCCCAGGUGAAGAUGUGUCUGAACCCCCAUUGUCUGGCCCUGCACAGCUUCAUGGACAUCUACACAGGUCUCUUUAAUGUGGGGAACAAACUGCUGGUGAGCCUGGACUUGCUUUUUGCAAUCCGAAACCAAAUCAAGGUGGGAGAGGACCCCAGAGUGUCCAUCAGCGUUGUGCUGAAGUCAGUGCAGGAGCAGACAGAGAAGACUCUGACCUCCGAGGAGCUGAGCCAGCUGCAGGAGCUGCUGUGCAGUGGCUACUGGGCUUUCGAGUGCCUCACUGUCCGGGACUACAACGACAUGAUCUGUGGCAUCUGCGGGGUGGCCCCCACGGUGGAAAUGGCUCAGAGGAGUGAAGAGAACGUGCUGGCUCUGAGGAGCGUGGAGUUCACUUGGCCGGAAUUCUUGGGUUCCAGUGAGGUCAACGUGGAGGACUUUUGGGCCACGAUGGAAACAGAGGUGAUUGAGCAGGUAGCGUUUCCUGCCAGCAUCCCCAUCACCAAGUUUGAUGCCUCCGUUAUUGCCCCCUUCUUCCCGCCACUCAUGAGAGGAGCUGUGGUCGUCAACACAGAGAAAGAUAAAAGCCUGGAUGUGCGACCAGUCCCUGGCAAUGGCAGUGCCCUAGUGAGGCUGCUCCAGGAAGGCGCCUGCAGGCUGGAAGAUAUUGGCUCCUACAGUGCAGAGGAGCUGCGGCAGCUGCUGCGGCAGUGCGACAUCCCCUUUGGGGUGGAAGACUCGAAGGACCAGCUCUCUCUCUCCUUAUUGGCCCUCUAUGAAUCUGUUCAGAACGGAGCCAGAGCUAGACAGCCGCCACCUCAGUUCACCGGGGGUAAAAUCUACAAGGUGUGCCCCCACCAGGUGGUCUGCGGCUCCAAGUACCUCGUGCGGGCUGAGAGUGCCCGCGAUCAUGUGGAUCUCCUUGCCUCCUCCCGCCACUGGCCACCCAUCUACGUGGUUGACAUGGCCACACCAGUGGCCCUGUGUGCUGACCUUUCAUACCCAGAGCUGACCAGCCAGAUGUGGGGAAGGAACCAAGGCUGUUUUUCUAGCCCCAUGGAGCCACCUGUGAGCGUGUCCUGCCCGGAACUCCUGGACCAGCGGUAUGCAGUGGACAUGACAGAGGCUGAGCACUCGGUCCAACACCCGGUCACCAGGACGGCUGCACGGCGCAUCCUUCAUGCAGGCACACAGCCCACUCCCGGGGACCCCAGCGCUGGGCACCACUCUUUGACCCUGUGCCCUGAAUUGGCACCCUACACAGCCAUCCUGGCCUCCAUGGUGGACAGCAAACCCACCAGUGUCCGCCAGCGGCCCAUUGCCUUCGACAACGCCACCCACUAUUACCUCUACAACCGCCUCGUGGACUUCCUCACCAGCCGCGAGAUCGUCAACCGGCAGAUCCAUGACAUCGUGCAGAGCUGCCAGCCCGGCGAGGUGGUCAUCCGCGACACCCUCUACCGCCUCGGGGUCGCGCAGAUCAAGACAGAGACGGAGGAGGAGGGCGAGGACGAGGACACGGCAGCAGCAGAGUGAGCCCGGCGGUGGGACAGGAACUGCACCAUCUUGCUCAAGCCAUACCUAGGAACCCCUAGCCUGAGGCUCGUGUGUCUAAGGGACUGACCAAAGAGCUUCCAUUUUCUUAGCACGGUGGGACCCGGGGUCCUCGGUUCCUCACCCUCCGCAGGUUGGUGGGGAUGCCGACAACUCCAUCCUGGGCUCCAGGGGCACUUGGGGACGUUAUGUGAGGGAGGGAGGAUGGCUGAGGCAAAGGCUGUAGCAGGGAGUCUCCCUGGGGCCUGCUGCCGUUUCUUCCCUCCCUGGAGGCGCCUGGGGCAAGUGGGCCCCUGAGGCUUUUGAUUCCCCCUGAUGGAGGAGUGCUUGCCCCUCCGGCACCUGUUUCUUGGAGACCUGAGGAGAAUGAGCUGGCCCUUGCACCCCACUGUCUCUGGGCCCUCACCGCAGGGGGAUGUGGCCCGGGGUCACCAUCCGCCCUGACAGCACUAGGAAAAACUCCCUUCUGUGAAGGGGAUGCAGCCUGGGCCAUAAGGAAAUGGCGGGCCUGGCUCAAGGGGCCCAGGUCUGCCUCGGGCCCUGGCAUUGGCUGAGUGUUAUUUAAUUUAUUGAGGGGAGUGGAGGCAGUGGCUUUUUUCCCCCUCUUCCCCGAUAAGAAUAAACUUUAUUAAACUAGCAGGUUGCAGUGAAGGCCCCCGGCCCGAC